AUGGACACCAUCACUCAUAAUGAGAGACCAUACAUGACUUCUCAUCAUUACACUCUAAGAUUCAGAUCCACUCCAUUUUCACUCUUCGUACACUCCACCAUCAAGGUUCGUCUCCGCAGUGCUGUGUAUGGAAGCAAUGGAGAAGUUUUAGCGAAAGUGAGGACUUCCCAAGAUGGAAAGAUAAAGAUAUCAAGUGAUGGAAACCUUCUGCAUAACGAAAAUGGAACAGCAAUUGCAGGUGACAUCCGCAACAGUUGGGCUGGUGUUUCAACUCUGCAAUCCCUUUUCAUUCAAGAACACAACGCAGUUUGUGAUUCUCUCAAGAAAAAUUACCCUGAUAUGAAUGACGAAGAACUUUAUCGCCAUGCAAGAUUGGUGACUUCAGCUGUGAUUGCAAAGGUUCACACCAUUGAUUGGACUGUGGAGCUUCUUAAAACUGAUACUCUACUUGCAGGGAUGCGUGGCAAUUGGUAUGGGCUAUUGGGGAAGAAGUUUAAGGAAACAUUUGGACAUGUUGGUGGAUCCAUCUUGGGAGGAUUAGUUGGUUUGAAGAAGCCAGAAAAUCAUGGUGUCCCAUACUCUUUAACCGAAGAAUUUGUGAGUGUCUAUAGAAUGCACCCACUCCUACCUGAUAAGCUGCAACUGAGAGACAUAUCUGCAACUCCUGGCCCAAACAAAUCUCUACCAGUAAUCGAAGAGAUCCACUCCAUUUUCACUCUUCAUACACUCCACCAUCAAGGUUCGUCUUCUCCGCACCGCCUAACCCUUGCCGGAGUGCCUCUACCGUUCUCAGGUAAGCCCGAUCCUCUCCUGGCCUUGCUCUCUAUCAAAUUCACUGCUUACCAUUUUGUUUCAUAAUUUUUGGAUGGAUAUGAUUUUAGUUGGUACAUGUUUUUAUGAUUCUGUGAGUUUUAUUUGGAAUCGGAGGAAGCCUAUUUUGAAUGUUGGUGACGUGACCAGUUUCCAAUGGAAGGAUGCUUUUGGUUGUUGGAGUGAGGUUCUGGAAAAUCAUUGAUUAUUUGUUCAUUAUGGAUUGUACCGGUUGCGUUUUUCUGAGUUCAUUUUUGUGGUGCGUGUGACUUUGCUAGGAGAUCUCUUAUUAAUCCUUUAAGUCACGGUUCUACUUGAUACUGAUCUCGCAUAUAAGAAACAUCAUUUGACUCUUACGAUUUAAACAUCAUUUUCGAUAUGAUUAUGACACUGUAUACACUAUAAUGUACAAUAUGUAUAGUAUUUAUGUAUA